CAAAUGGCAGGGGAUCAUAUGCAGUCCCAAGCAUCAAAGAGUUACAAAAUUGAAGUUGCAUGGAUCCAUAUCUCCAUAUGUUGGCAAUCUCUCACAUAUCAGAUUCCUCAACCUUGGAGACAACAACUUAACAUUCCACAAGAAUUGGGUCAUUUGUUAAGAUUAAGGUACUUCUUUCUAAACAACAACUUGUUGUCCGGAGAAUUUCCUAUAAACUUGACAAAUUGCUCGGAGCUCAAAACUAUGCACUUAGGUGGAAACAAACUGAUUGGCAAAAUACCUAGUCAAAUUGGAUCUCUUGUAAAGCAUCAAGCUCUUUCCAUGGAAAAAAACAAUGUGUCAGGAAAAAUUCCACCAUUCAUAAGGAAUAUUUCAUCCCUUAAUAUUUUUUCGAUCGAUUUUAAUAACUUGGUGCGAUAUAUUCCGAAAGAAAUGUGUUUCCUAAAACAGUUGAAGAUUAUAGCAGUUCAUGUCAACAAAUUGUCAGGUCAUAUACCCACUUCCAUUGCAAAUGCUUCUACUUUGACAACACUUGGCUUUGGUACAAACCAUUUUGUCGGACAAGUUCCAAAUCUAGGUAAGCUACAAAGUCUUAGAUUCCUUAAUUUGGAAGACAACAAUUUAGGAGACAAUUCCACAAAGGAUUUGGAGUUUUUAAACUCAUUGACAAAUUGUAGUAAGUUGCAAUCACUCUCUUUAGGCUAUAAUAAUUUUGGAGGUAGUUUGCAAAAUUCUGUAGGUAAUUUGUCCAUCACAGUUGAUCAAUUACGUUUAGGGGGUAAUCAAAUAUAUGGACAAAUUCCUAUAGAAUUAGAAAUCUAAUUAA